AUGGCUAAGGCGAGAGGUAGGAAACUGCUGAAGAAGCAGAAGAAAGACGCGUUUGCGCCGGGCACCGGCGAGGAUGUGAGCCACGCCGAGCACAAGGCAGAUGUGCCCCAGGAAGAGGCUGCCGAGGCUGCUGCUGGCGGUUCUGCCACUGGGAACGCCAUGUUCUUUGGGGUGCUGGACAGAGAAGAACUGGAGUACUUCAAGCAGGCCGAGGCGACGCUCGCAUUGGACGCGUUUGAGACCCCGGAGGAGAAGCAGCACUUUGUGGCGAGUGUGGUAGGCGAGGCUGCCGGCAAGGAGCUGAAGCUGGUGACGUCGCAGAUCUGCUCGAAGUUGAUGGAGCGGUUGAUCCUCGAGUGUGACGACUCCCAAUUGAGGACGCUGUUUCAGGCGUUCAACGGCGUGUUCUUCGGAAUGGCGUGCCACAAGUAUGCCUCGCAUGUGCUCGAGACCCUGCUGGUCCGGAGUGCUGCGCUUGUAGAGAAGGAGCUGCUGACGCCGAGCUUUGAUGCGCAGCCUGCUGAGGGCGACGUGUUUGUCAGCAUGGAGAACAUGUUCCUGUUCAUGCUGAACGAAUGCGGCCGCACCUGCGAGAGAUGGUGCAACACGAGCAUGCGUCGCAUGUGCUGCGGCUGCCUGAUCCUGAUCCCUGUCCUCGAAGCUGCUGCCAGCACGGUGCAGAACAACUCGACGCUGCGGUCGAAGAAGUCGAAGAUCGCGCGGAAGAUGAUCGAACUGGGGGACAACGAGGACUUCAACAGAACGUACCAGACGCCGGAGUCCUUCAAGGGCCAGCUGCGCGACCUGAUCACGACGCUGUACGGGAGCUUCACCAAUGGCGCACAGAGCAAGGCGGACGUGACCACCUCGAUGGUGACGAAGUUCAGAGAACUGUGCGUGGACAAGGUCGCCUCGCCGGUCGUGCAGCUGAUCAUCCAGGUGGAAGGGAUCUUUGACCGUGACCGGUCGUUCUGGCGGCUGGUGUUUGCCGUCGGGGACGAGAAGGACGCCAAGGAGGAGUCCUUCCUAGAGUACCUGCUGUCGGACCCUGUCGGGUCGCACUUCCUGGAGAACGUCAUCGCGUUCGGGAGGAUCAAGUACGUGGAGAGGCUGUACCGGCCGUACAUGGCGGACCGUAUUGUGAAGCUGGCCAAGAGAGACACCACGGGCGCCUUCGUGGUGCAGAGUCUGCUGAAGCACCUGAAGAGCAAGGAGGUCCGGGAGAUCCUGGACGCGCUGGUGCCCGAGCUGGACAUCCUGCUGAACUCGAACAUGGACUUUGGGACGACGAUCAUCGAGAGCAGCAACAAAGAGGGCAACUACCUUCGCGAGGAGGUCAUUGGCCAGCUGGUCAAGAAGUACUACAGCGCUGCGGAGGCGAACAUUCUGGAGAGCGCUCUCUCGCUGAGUUCGUCCACACUGGGGAACACGCGGGACGACUGGCCGACCGUGGACGAGAGAAGGCGGUCGCUGUUUCUGGAGCAGCUGAUCGACUACGACGACAAGUUCCUGAACAUCACCACCGAUAGCAUGUUGGCGCUCCCCGAGGAGAGGUUGCUGCAGAUGUGCUACCACGGGGUGUUCUCGCAUGUGGUGGAGCACGUCCUGCAGGUGCAGCGCGUGGACUUCAUCAAGAGGAAGCUGCUGCUGAACGUGCUGUGCAAAGACGCCGUCGGGAUGGCGUGCAAUGCGUACGCCUCACAUGUCAUGGACAAGCUGUGGGACUUCACUGCCAAGCUGGCCCUUUACAAGGAGCGGAUUGCCGGCGCACUGAUGAAGGAGUCCGAAAAGGUGAAGAACAGCACAUACGGCCGGCAGGUCUGGAAGAACUGGAACCUGGAGCUGUACGCCCGGAAAAGGUGGGACUGGAAGCAACUGGUCAAAGAGCACGAUAAGGAGCUGUUCCCAGACUCAAAGCCCCUGCAGCCAAAGUCGGCAAAGCACGGAAUGGAGGGACAGAAAGCCGUGAGGACUCCAGGAAACCAUACAAGAGACAGAAUUUCAAUGGUAACCGGGAAAGAAGCAGAAGGUGAUAGAUCAUAA